CACCACUAUCAUCCUGGUUAUCAUCUAUGCUUUUGAAGCAUGCGAGUCAACGUCAACGGAGUUGUUGCAUAGGUAGAAGAGGGUUGUCUCCCUGUUUCAGAAAGGUGUUAUAAAAGACAAGAGCAUACAUUCUCAUCCUUCAGUAGACUCAUCAUUCAUUCUACUAACGCUAUAGCUCAGGAACAGAACUAGUGGAGGUUGCAGUGUGCUCCUUCAGAACCAUGUCGUCAGGCGAACCCAGAGCCAAGAAAAUUAAGAAAACCCCAGAGGGGAAUACUCCCAAGAGGAACACUCCCAAGAGGAACACUCCCAAGAGGAACACUCCCAAGAGGAACACUCCCAAGAGGAACACUCCCAAGAGGAACAUUCCAGAGAGGAAAACCCUGACCAAACUCAGCCCUAAUUCUCUGUUCGGGAUGGGGAACCCCCUUCUGGACAUCUCAGCCGUUGUGGACCAGGACUUCCUGGAGAAGUACGGUUUGAAGGCAAACGACCAGAUUCUGGCGGAGGACAAGCACAAAGCAUUGUUUGAAGAGAUUUUCAAGUUUAAAGUAGAGUAUCAUGCCGGAGGAUCUACUCAGAACUCUAUAAAGGUCGCCCAGUGGAUGAUCCAGGAGCCCCACAAGGUGUGUACAUUCUUCGGCUGUAUCGGGAAGGACAAGUUUGGGGAGAUUCUGAAGCAGAAGGCAGUGGAGGUCCACGUGGACGCCCACUACUAUGAGCAGACAGAAGAGCCUACAGGGACCUGCGCCGUGUGCAUCACCGGGGACAACAGGUCUAUGGUAGCUAAUCUAGCAGCCGCUAACUAUUAUAAGAAGGACGGACAUCUGGACUUAAAGGAGAACUGGAAACUGGUGGAGAAAGCCAAGGUCUUUUAUAUCGCUGGCUUCUUCCUGACGGUGUCUCUGGAGUCCAUCCUGAAAGUAGCCAAACACGCAUCUGAGAACAACAAGCUGUUCACUCUGAACCUCUCCGCUCCCUUCAUCUGCCAGUACUUCAAAGAUGCCCUCAUGGAGGUCAUGCCCUACGUAGACGUGCUGUUCGGCAAUGAGACGGAGGCAGCCACGUUUUCAAAAGAGCAAGGCUUUGAGACAGAGGACAUUAAGGAGAUUGCUAAGAAGGUCCAGACUCUGCCCAGAGUCAACAAGAAGAGGCCGAGAAUCGUUGUCUUUACUCAGGGGAAGGACGAAACCAUCAUGACCAAAGGAGGUGACAAGCUGGAGACGUUCAAAGUUCUGCAGAUUGAGCAGAAGGACAUUGUGGACACAAAUGGUGCCGGUGAUGCCUUUGUAGGAGGAUUCCUGUCAGAGUUGGUCCAGGAUAAGACAUUGGAACAAUGUGUGAAAGCAGGACACUACGCUGCCAACGUCACCAUCAGACAAACAGGAUGCACCUUCCCUCACAAACCAGACUUCCACUGAUGACCUUUAACCUUAACCUCUGACCCCUAAGCGAUCCACCCUGACCCUCACCAUCCCAACUAACCGAACCAGGGCCCCCCCCAUCCCUUUUUUUAUAAUCAUCCAUCCAUGCUUUCAUCCAAUCCAUCCAUCCAUUCAUGCUUUCAUCCCUCCUUCACUUGACUUUCUGCAACCAGACUUCUGUGCCUGUUCUUCUUGUCCUUCACUAGGUGGCUUGGGCCACACCCACACCCGAUGUGUUUAUACUGACGUUCUACUGCCUCCAUUAGUGACUCGGCUCAAGUCAACUGCCCUUUGUAGACUCAGUUAGCCUGAUGGUACUUACUUAAUGCUUCCUGAUUCAGUUAAAGAGAUGCUAUAAAGGCUUUGUAUCGUU